AUGAAGGGAGCAGGUGUGCAGCGUAUAACAAAUGGCACUGCCAGUGAUGAUUCAGUGCUUCAUCCAGAGAUGUGGUGGGGACAGCACUUCACAGAUCAAGAAGUAUCUUCCACAAAAUAUGUUUAUAACUAUUCACAACUUGAUGAAAAUCAUCAAAAAACUCCAAUGUGUCGUAUUGCAGAGCUCGCUCGCUAUAAUAAAAUCAGGCAUGAGUAUAAACUCAUGGACGAAAGUGGGCCAGCUCACAAAAAACAGUUCACCGUUUCACUUGUACUUACUCCAGACCAGGCAAGUAUUCUGUUCCUUUAUGUAUUUUACGGCAAAGGAGCAUCUAUCAAGAAAGCUCAGCAAUCAGCCGCUGAAACUGCCUUGAAUGGAACCAUUUUGCCUAAGCCACCCGAUAAGAUCCCUUCAAAAAAAGGCAAAAGUGAUCUUCAAAAUCCAAUAGUCUUACUCAGAUAUGUCGCAGGACGGCUUGGAGUUGAGAUUAAAUUUAUUGACGAAGUAGUGCCGAUAUGCUCAACGCCACCACACCCUAUAACCCGUUUGCCAAUGCAACCACUAAUAAGGCCUCCUUUCAUCCCAGUGAUUAACGAGCAGUUCUUGGUUCUUCCGCCGCCUACAAUAGUAUUUGGACAACCACGUGUUCCUGCAGCACUGCAGCCAGCACCAGUUAUUAUGCAACCACCGACUGCAGUGAUACCCCCGCAAUUCUCAUUUUUUCAACAUUAUCGAUCACAUUCACAACUUCAUAAAGUUCGUUUAAUAUUAAGUAAGGAAUUCCCCGAGUUUAUUGGAAAGGGAAUGACGAAGAAAAGGGCCAAGAAUAGCGCUGCUAAUGAGGCUCUUUCUUAUCUGGGACCUUAUUUGGCUACGUUGGAAGCGCAAUCAAAAAGCAAGAUAAUGAAUGAAUCAAAGAACGAAUUAACGACAAUUGAAAUCGAAGAUAUCAGAAAAGAUAAUUUAAAGUCAGUUAUUACAACAGCACGGAAUGGGAAAUCAAAAUCUUCUAUCUCUCAAAUACACGAAUGUGCUCUGCAUAUGCGUAUGAAUGUCGAAUUUUUGAUUUUGAAAGAAGAAGGACCGGCUCACGAUAGACACUAUCUAUUACGCUGUAAGCUUAUCUCUGCAGAACGGGUUAUCUCCGCAGAUGGUGAAGGAAGUAGUAAGAAAAUUGCGAAGCAGAAUGCUUGUUCGUUGAUGCUAACAAAAUUACAAUCUAUUGAAUCUUCACCAAUUUUCAUCGCGGCUGCAAUGUUGAAAUCACAGAAGAAAUUUGGGGCAUCAAAGGAACUUAAACGGAAAACGAUUAGUAAGGAUAUGAAAAUGAAUCCAGAAUAUGGUCAUCAAAUUAAUCCGAUCAGUCGUUUGAUGCAAGUUAUGCAAGCCCGAAAGCAAAAUGAACCGAAAUUCCAGCUUGUUGCUGAGCGCGGACAGAGUCGUUAUAAAGAAUUUGUGAUGGAGGUAAUCUGUGAUGAUGGCCUUCGCUGCGAAGGUGUCGGACCCAACAAAAAACUUGCAAAGCGAGCUGCAGCUGAAGCAGUGCUAGCAAGGAUUGGAUAUGUAAAACCUAUGCCGAAACCUGGAAAAAGUCUUCUCAAGAAAAAACCUGAAGAAUAUGUACAACGAUCACAUAUUGGUAUGUUCGAACUUGAGAAAGAGGAAAAAUUAGCGCAACAUGUGGAAGAGAAGGAAGAUGAAGGUGCAAAUGUUGCGAAAAUCUCAGAAGUUACUUUAUCUGUGACUGCGUCGAUAGGAUCACAAGUGAUGGCUUUUGCUGAUGUUGAUAGGAGUUUGUGUGCCGAUGAACAAAAAGAUAUCUGGGGUAGCACUGUCACCGAGACUAA